AUGACUGAUUCAAUAGCUCAGCCCGAGAGUAGUAAUGAUCAAGAAAAACCAAAACGAAUUUUUAAAAUUAUUGUUAUUGGAAAUUCAAAUGUUGGAAAGACGUGUUUAACAUAUCGUUUUUGCACUGGUAAAUUUCCAGAAAAAUCUGAAGCAACCAUUGGUGUUGAUUUUCGAGAAAAAGCAGUUGAAAUUGACGAUGAAAUAUUCAAACUACAAAUAUGGGAUACAGCUGGACAAGAACGAUUUCGUCGAUCAAUGAUUAAUCAUUAUUAUCGUAAUGUCCAUGCUAUCAUUUAUGUCUAUGAUGUAACGAAUUUGGCAACGUUUGAAAGUUUACCAUUGUGGAUUAAUGAGUGUGAUAAACAUGUAAUUGAUCCUGAAAUACCUCGAGUUUUGGUUGGAAAUAAAUGUGAUGUUGAUGAUGAAUAUAUUGUUGUACAAACGUCUACAGCUCAACGAUUUGCAGAUACGAAUAAUAUGCCAUUAUUUGAAACGAGUGCAAAAGCAGACAAUCAACAAGAUCAUGUAAAUUCGAUAUUUUUAUUAUUAGCUCAUAAAUUGAAAUAUUCCAAACCAUUAAUGACACAACCAAAAUUAUAUUCACAGUCAUUAAUUUCCAUUGAUAGAACGAAUAAUAAUGGUCAAACAAAUACAAUAAAUUCAAAUUCAACUGAAAAUGCUGCUGGAUAUUGUAUGUGUUAA